GGCGGCCUCCGCGGCAGGCUCUUGGCGGCUGGAUAGUUCGCCAUGGCGGGAUCUGCCUCCGCCACUGUGUCCGGGGCAGGGACCCCGGUGGCGGGGCCCACAGGCCGCGACCUCUUUGCUGAGGGGCUUCUAGAGUUUCUACGGCCGGCUGUACAGCAACUUGACUCCCACGUCCACGCGGUCAGAGAGAGCCAGGUAGAGCUCCGGGAACAAAUUGAUAAUCUCGCUACAGAACUGUGCCGCAUCAAUGAGGAUCAGAAAGUGGCCCUGGAUCUCGACCCCUAUGUUAAGAAGCUGCUUAAUGCCAGACGACGUGUUGUCUUGGUCAACAACAUUCUACAGAAUGCCCAGGAACGGCUGAGGCGGCUAAACCACAAUGUUGCCAAGGAAACUGCCCGCAGGAGGGCAAUGCUGGAUUCAGGAGUUUAUCCUCCUAGUUCCCCAAGCAAGUAACAGAAGGUGGGGCUGUGACCCAAGUAGCACAAGUACUGUUUCCCAGCUGCCUUGUUUCAAGACAUGAAGAAGAUUCCAGGAAACAAUACCUAUUGAUCUUGAGAUACCAGAAAGGCAAUUCUGGUUUCUUUUGAAGUACUUAUGUAGUGAUCCUAAGAACCCUCUGUAUAGUAGGACUCAGGAUCUGAAAGGACUAUAUUAGUUCUUGCUUCCUUCCAAAAAUGAAUCUUUACGUUUUUAAGAAAGCUAUUCACCUUUUUACAUGCCUAUAGUUAACCAGACUAGAGCGUCUUUUGUUAACAUGCCUUGUUCCUUGGACUUGGGCAGCAUAUCCUUUACCUGUGAUUUCUUUUGUUUAGUGAAGACAGUCAAGAGUCAAGGUAAAUAACAUAGGUCCACCUUCUGUUGAUUGCACUGGCUUGAAUAUAGCAGUAUUGUUAGGACCAUUUAAUUCAAUAAAUGUUUAAAUAUAGUA